AUGUGUUACGUGGGUAAAGCUACGAAGAUCUUCAUCUUCGUAGUCACGGUGUUGGUGGUUCUGGGUCUUGUCUUGGGAUUUGGACUUCUCCGCCACCCGCUCCAGAAGACUCACAAAUGCUCCGGCGACUCCUGCCAUUCAGUUUCUUCUUCUCCGAUUCCCAUUCCCAAUCCUAUAUAUGGCCCACCUAGCCCACCCAUCCCAAAUCCAAGCCCUGAUCCCAGCAGCUCCAGCCGGCCCAGUCCACCCAAUCCUAACCCAAGCCCGCCCCCGCCUGACUAUAACCCACCUCCUUCUCCGCCGUCACCGCCACCUCCAACACUGGCGGCUCCGCCUUUCAAUCAGCCGAGUCCUGCGCUGGUGACUCCUGGCCCUGUGAAUGGUUAG